UCAGCGCCACAAAUACUAAAGGUCAUACUUGGUAAUAUUAUAUAUAACGAAUCGGUCUUUAUGAAUUGGACUUACACAAGCAAUCUUUUCUCUCUACUGUCGUCCUCUCUCACUUUCUAUACGAUGGCGGGAAACGGUAGUUUAGCGACUGUUCUAGGGCUAAUUUUGGUGCUCACACUGUUCCAUAACCCGAUCACUGUUGCCGGACAAAGUAUUCCGGCGGUGGCUUUAUUUACGUUCGGUGACUCAAACUUCGACGCCGGAAAUAAACAGAGUCUCACCAAAGCAAACGUUCCACAAGGUUUCUGGCCGUACGGAAAAUCCAGAGACGACCCUAACGGCAAAUUCUCAGACGGAUUCAUCGCUCCGGACUUCGUCGCAAAAUUCAUGGGCAUUCCGAUCGAAAUCCCCGCGGCGAUGAAACCGAACGUCAAUGUUUCACGUGGAGCUAGUUUCGCUGUCGCUGAUGCUACUCUUCUCGGAGCUCCUGUGGAAUCUUUGAAUCUUAAUCAACAAGUGAGGAAAUUCAAUCAAAUGAAAGCGUCAAACUGGAACGAUGACUUCGUCAAGAAGUCGCUGUUUAUGAUAUACAUUGGUGCUAACGAUUACUUGAACUUCACCAAGAACAACCCUAUCGCCGAUGCAUCUGCCCAACAAGCUUUUGUCACUUCCGUGACCAACAAGUUAAAGAACGAUAUUAGCUUAUUGUAUGCAUCAGGAGCUAGUAAGUUCGUUAUCCAAACCCUAGCACCAUUGGGUUGCUUACCGAUCGUCAGACAAGAUUACAACACCGGGAUGGACCAAUGCCAUGAAACUCUUAAUAAUUUGGCUAAACAACACAACGACAAAAUCGGACCCAUGUUGAACGAAAUGGCUAGAACUGCUCCUGGUUUCCAGUUCACAGUCUUUGACUUCUACAAUGUUAUUCUUCGUAGGACGCAGAGGAGCUUAAACUACAGGUUUUUGGUAACGAACUCAUCGUGCUGCGGAGUUGGGACACACAAUGCUUACGGUUGCGGUUUCCCCAACGUGCACUCGAAACUAUGCGAGUACCAACGAUCUUAUUUAUUCUUCGAUGGGCGUCACAAUACAGAGAAGGCACAAGAAAGUUUUGGUCAUCUUCUUUUUGGAGCCGAUCCAAAUGUUAUCCAACCGAUGAACGUCCGUGAGCUCGUUACUUACCCAGUCGAUGAACCAAUGCGUGAGUUUUGGUUACCUACAACUUCGUCCGUGAGGGACUCUACCUCGUCAUCAAGCCACGGUUACGAGUUCUACUGAGUCUAUAUAAAAAUCUCUUAUUUCACAAAAUUCGGAAUCUUAAUGUUUUUAGUGACUCUAGCUCGUCAUCUUGCUCGAGUGCGUUUCCCUCUGUAACAAAAGAUUGUAGUUAUUAUUGGAAUUGAAUUAAAUUUAAAGCUAUCAAAAAUUCAAAA